CGCCUGCCUUCCCACCAGGGGCUGGGGGAAGCCAAGUCUUCCAGCUCCUCAUCCUCGAACCAUUCUGACUUUUUCAGGAUGGGUAGCAGUCCCCUGGAGGUCCCCAAACCCAGCUUCCCGCGGUUCCAGCCACUCGACCAGCCAUGUCUCUCAGCGGAGCCUCUGAGCGCAGCGUCCCGGCCACCAAGAUUGAAAUUACCGUGUCCUGCCGGAAUCUGCUGGACCUCGACACCUUCUCCAAGUCCGAUCCCAUGGUGGUGCUUUACACGCAGAGCCGGGCGAGCCAGGAAUGGCGAGAGUUCGGACGGACAGAGGUGAUUGACAACACGUUAAACCCAGACUUCGUGCGCAAAUUUGUCCUCGACUACUUCUUUGAGGAAAAACAAAAUCUGCGCUUUGAUGUGUACAAUGUUGACUCCAAAACCAACAUCUCCAAAACGAAGGAUUUCCUUGGACAAGCGUUCCUGGCUCUGGGAGAGGUGAUCGGAGGCCAGGGCAGCCGUGUAGAGCGACCCCUCACGGGUGUACCAGGCAAGAAGUGUGGGACCAUAUUGCUGACUGCAGAGGAGCUUAGCAAUUGUCGGGACAUUGCCACCAUGCAGCUGUGUGCAAACAAGCUGGACAAGAAGGAUUUCUUUGGGAAAUCAGAUCCCUUCCUUGUGUUCUAUAGGAGCAAUGAGGAUGGCACGUUCACCAUCUGCCACAAGACGGAGGUUGUGAAAAACACACUGAAUCCUGUGUGGCAACCCUUCAGCAUCCCUGUGCGGGCACUGUGCAAUGGAGACUAUGACAGAACAGUGAAGAUUGAUGUGUAUGACUGGGACCGGGAUGGAAGCCAUGACUUCAUUGGUGAGUUCACCACCAGCUACCGGGAGCUGAGCAAGGCCCAGAACCAGUUCACAGUGUAUGAGGUACUUAACCCUCGGAAGAAAUGUAAGAAGAAGAAAUAUGUCAACUCAGGAACUGUGACGCUGCUCUCCUUCUCUGUGGACUCUGAAUUCACUUUUGUUGAUUACAUCAAGGGAGGGACACAGCUGAACUUCACAGUUGCCAUUGACUUCACAGCUUCUAAUGGGAACCCUCUGCAGCCCACCUCCCUGCACUACAUGAGUCCCUACCAACUCAGCGCCUACGCCAUGGCCCUCAAGGCAGUGGGAGAAAUCAUCCAGGACUAUGACAGUGACAAGCUCUUCCCAGCCUAUGGCUUUGGAGCCAAGCUGCCUCCAGAAGGACGGAUCUCCCACCAGUUCCCCCUGAACAACAAUGAUGAGGACCCCAACUGUGCAGGCAUCGAGGGCGUGCUGGAGAGCUACUUCCAGAGCCUGCGCACAGUCCAGCUCUAUGGGCCCACCUACUUUGCUCCUGUCAUCAACCAGGUAGCCAGGGCUGCAGCCAAGAUCUCUGAUGGUUCCCAGUACUACGUUCUGCUCAUCAUCACUGACGGGGUCAUCUCUGACAUGACGCAGACCAAGGAGGCCAUUGUCAGUGCCUCCUCACUGCCCAUGUCUAUCAUUAUUGUUGGUGUGGGACCAGCCAUGUUUGAAGCAAUGGAAGAGCUGGAUGGUGAUGACGUGCGCGUGUCCUCUAGGGGACGCUAUGCAGAGCGGGACAUCGUUCAGUUCGUCCCCUUCCGAGACUAUGUUGACCGGUCCGGAAACCAGGUGCUGAGUAUGGCCCGACUAGCCAAGGACGUGCUGGCCGAAAUCCCAGAGCAGCUGCUGUCCUAUAUGCGCACCAGGGAUAUCCAGCCUCGCCCUCCACCUCCUGCCAACUCCAGCCCAACCCCAGCUCCAGAACAGCCCUGAGGAGCCCACUUAUUCAAUAACUAGCAGUCUGCCUGCCUGCCCACCCACUGCUUUUGCUGAAAGCCAGAGGCACUUGGAGCCCUGGACCUCAGUGAGUCUAGCUUGGGGGAUCAGUGCUGGCUGGUUGAGCCCUCUGCCCCCUCACCCACAGAAGGGCCUGGCACUAUCACCACCUCCCUGCCUUCAUGCCAAUAAUAAAGCUGAUCUUUACUCCA